AUGGCUUCUGCAGCCACGCUCCGAGAGCUUGCAAAGCAAGUCUCUGAAUCCAUUUCAGACGAACAUCUGGCGGGUAGUACGUUUGCUAUCGGCGGCGAGAUUCCUGUUCAGCAGCCCCAAGACGAAUCCAGCCCGACAGCUCAUGCUGUAUCUUCUUCGGUCGUUCUUCGGUGGGACAAUCCAGUGGGGCAUCUUGGCCCCCAGCGAGUCUCUUUCCCAAUCGCUUCAGACGACGACGCCGUAGCGUUCAAUCACCUUCUUGAAGUUUCUGAAAAGGCUACAUUCGGCCUCGACGGGCGACACGAGUUCGAUGAAACGUACCGCAAGGCUCAGAAGCUUAGUGCAGGUGAUUUCUGCACCAGCUUCUGCCCAUAUGAGACAGGCAUCAUCGACGCUGUUUGCCAGGUUCUUCUCCCCAGCUACGAAUUGGACGAAGACAAGCGGGCAAUCCGUGCGGAGCUGUACAAUAUGAAUAUCUACUCUGGUCCUUCGGGCAAGUUCAAGGUGCACGUCGAUACUCCUCGUUCGUCCUACCAGAUUGGCUCUUUGGUUGUCUGUCUUCCAAUGCAGCAUGAGGGCGGCGAGCUGGCCGUGAGACAUUUUGGACAGACUCAUUCCUUCGACUGGGCCAAGAACUCCAACAACUCCGUCAUUCAGUGGGCGGCCUUCUACAGCGACUGCGAACACGAAGUGUUCGAGGUUACUGCCGGCCAUAGGGUUACGCUCACAUACAACUUGUAUGCUACAGCAGGAAACGGAGACCUCGCAGGUCAAGUGUCUGCUUUCAGCCCUACUUCGCUGCCGCUCUACAGCCAGAUUGUCGACUUGCUCGGAUCCAAGAAAUUCCAGUCCAAGGACAGACUUCUGGGAGUCUACAGCACGCACGCUUAUCCUCACACCGAGAAGGAACACGGGCUUCCAUUCUGUCUCAAGGGUCUUGACAUGGUGAUUUAUAACACCUUCAAAAGCCUAGGCUUCGAAGCACGUUUGUGUGCAAUUCUCGAAAACCCGAAAGGCUUUCGCAGGCGCAAGCUGUACAACAGGGAAUUUUCUGAUGAAGAUACAGAUGCCGAGCCAACGCAGAGGAAGAUGACAUUGGCGAAGAACAAUAACCGCGCCGAAUCUGACUCGGAAGACGACGACGGUAGGAAAUACUACACCAGAACCGUCGGAUUCAUCAAUCAAGCAUACUCCACUGACGAGCUGGUUGAGUAUUCAGAUGACAUGAAACGCAUCAUCAACCAGGCCAUGAGAACCGAUAAGAUCAACUUCGACGCCAGCAAGAUUAUCUGGCUGAACAAGAACAAUGGCGAAUCGAAACAGCAGGUGUCAUAUAUGGCAUACGGCAACGAGCCAUCCUCUGUGGAAAUUUACUCAUACUUUGCCAUGGUCAUUGCAAUCCCUGCUACUGGAGUGAAUAAAAGCGAUGACGUCGAAGCGUAG